AUGUCCAUCAGCAAAGAGGAAGCGGAAUCCCGGCUCAAAGCCCGGAAGCCCAUCCCCAAGCCGUUCCCCGCCUACCUCCCGACAGCCGGAUCACCCCUGAAGAUUGACGAAGACCUAUACGCCAAGAUCAGAUCGGCGCCGCGGGUGCAAACAGACAGCUUCACCCUCCCCAUUCGCUCCGGAAAGGCCUGGAAGGCGCCCGCCGGCUCCAUCGUGCGGAUCAGCACGCCCGACGGCCCGCAGGUCGGAGACCUCAACAUCUGGAACGCGCACAACCCGCGCGAGCGGUUCUGGGCCUCCCGCACCAAGCAGCUGCACGCGUCGCACGUGUCGACGCAUGACCGGCUGUGGUCCUGCCUGCCGUACAUGCGGCCGCUGGUGACCAUCCUCGACGACACGCUGGCCUGGUACGGCGUGGACGAGCACGGCGGCCGCGUGCACGAUCUCUUGGGCACUAGAUGCGAUCCGUACAUAAAGACGGUGCUCUCCGGUGGGACUUAUGACUACCAUUGCCACUCGAACCUUGCGCGCGCGGUGCUGCCGUUUGGGCUUGGCGAGACGGACGUCCAUGAUGUGAUCAAUAUCUUCCAGGUUACUGGGCUGGAUGAGCAGGGGCGCUACUUUAUGAAUCCGUGUCCGGCGCAGGCGGGGGAUUAUAUCGAGUUCCUGGCCGAGCAGGACGUGCUUAUGGCGCUGAGUACAUGCCCUGGAGGCGAUUUGUCAUUGUGGGGAUUCGGCGCUGGCAGCGACGAGGAGAUGCUCAAGUGCUGUCGUCCGCUGAAGAUCGAGGUGUUCCGGCUCGAGGACGAGGGCCUGCUGCAGAGGGGUGGGUGGAAGCCCGCUGAGAUCUCGGCGUACAUGGGAAACCAUGGCAUGGUUGUGCCCCAGGGCGAGCCUGCCUGA